AACCCGGAAAUCCAUAGCACCGGUAGGCUUAAGUUUUUGUUCCGCGACGUUGAAGAGUUUAUCACUCCUGUUUUUUUGUGUUUGAUACGGUCUGAACUAAUUCAGACUUUUAAAUUACAUUGCGUGCUUAUUAGAAUUCUACGCUCUAAAUGAUACGUGUUUACAAAAACUUCAGAAAUCUCUGCACUGGUCCAAUGAAACAAACAGAACUUUCUGUACCUGUCCCCUGGGGAGAAAUCAGAGGGAAAAUUUGGGGUCCUGAGAAUGGCCGUCCUGUCCUAUGCCUGCACGGUUGGGCUGACAACUGUGGUUCCUUCAAUACUCUUAUUCCUCUUCUACCUAAAGAGUGUCGAUAUGUGGCGCUGGACCUGGCAGGUCACGGUCUGUCCUCGCAUCGUCCCCCUGGCGUCUUUUACACUUUUCCUUCAUAUGUGAUCGAUAUUCAGAGAGUUGUUGACACCCUCCGCUGGCGCAGAUUCUCCAUCUUGGGCCACAGUAUGGGAGGUAGUAUUGCUGGAAUGUUCAGUGCUCUAUUCCCUGAGAUGGUGGAAGCUUGUGUGAUGCUGGAUUCUUAUGGAUUCUUACCCACUGAUGCGAAAGAGAUGGCCAAAAUCAUGCGACAAGGCAUCGACGACAUGCUUCAGUUUGAAAAGAAGCCCGAAAAGAGCAAGCGAGUUUACACCUAUGAGAAAGCAGUGGAGAGGUUGUUGGCAGCAAACCCGACUCUGACUGAGGCGUCUGCGCACAAUCUUUUAGAACGUGGUCUCGUUCAAGUUGAAGGAGGAGUUGCCUUCUCACGUGACUUCCGUAUCAAUUUGAAAAACAUUGCUCGUAUCAGCUUGGAACAGAGUCUAGAGAUGCUGUCCACGAUACAAGCUUCCGUUCUGGUGCUUCUUGCAAAUGAAGGCUUUGAGAAAAUGUUUGCCGAACCAGACCAAAAGAAAUUUUCAUCAGAGCUUCUGCAGGCCUAUAGGCACAAAAACCACUCGGUGGUGAGGGUACCCGGCGACCAUCACGUCCAUCUGAACAACCCAGAGGUGGUUGCACCGUUAGUUUGUGAAUUCCUCCAAAGCAAAGUCUUAUCCUCGACGGUCAAAGAUGAUGUACUUACUGCGAAUCUGUAGGAAAAAUAACAGCACACACAUUAAUCACGUUGCUAAUUUCACCAUCCUUACUUCUCACCUGUGAACCGUACUACAUAUUUGUAAUAAAUUUCAAUAUGUUGUUGCCUUAUGUGGCAGGCUUUUUCUGCCUUCAGACUUCUUACUCAACCAUCUACGCUGCCCUCAGGGUAAAAUUCCAUAGACUCUUCCUGAUACUGCAAAUAAAAAAAUAAAAAACAGUUUAACAUUUCAGGCCCUUCGGCUACAGUCAA